UCAGUUCGUAUCAAGCAAUCAAAGGGGAACAAAACAUGCAAAGCCAAUGAACAACGCUCAUUGACUGCAAACAAAUACAUACAUCUCACGCUUAGCGUGAGACAUGCAUCACGAUACACACAUUCACAAAAUCCAGAUCCAGCCAGCUAACCUCACCCCAGCCCCGAAGCGGGGCUGGUGUGUGGCCUAUAUGGCCCGCGGCUGACGAAGUCCUCGGGAAACGCGCCGGGUCUCCGUGGCCCUCUGGCGGCCGCAGCGCGUUGUGCACGACUCGCCACUUGAAACGCGUUGUGCUUCAUCAGCUCGACGGACAGAAGCUGGCUCCAGUGGUUGAUGAUGCUCUCUCGGAAGGCUGCGUCCUCCUCCGUGGGAAUGGAGGUAGGGCGGGGCUUCCGCUUGGCGAGCAUCUUGAGAAAAUCCAUGGUCUUCUCUGCCCACCUGCCGAAUGUCUCCGCAGCGAGAGGCACAAAGCGGAAGCCGGCUGCUUGGGCGGUUGGUCCAUACUUGUCGAUCUUGUCUUUCACCGCAAGCUGCGCCGUCUUGCCACCUGGAAGUUGUGCGCUACGCCGGUUGACUGUCCGGUGGAAGGGGAUAGGGGAGUCGUCAGGACGGCAGGGGUGAGCGAUGGUGACAUCGAGCAAGUAAUCACUGCCGUCGAUCACGCAAUAGAUGUCCAUGCGCUGGUUAUUGGGGUUGUCGUCGGGUGGGGUGAUGCCGAGGCUGUGCAGAGGCACCUCCACAUUACAAGGAACAUCCGCCUCAGCCAGGAUGCGAACAAACAAGUUGCGCAUAUUGUUGUGUCUCGUGACCCGCUCACGGCCGGUGUGACACACGUAGAAGUGAUCGCCAAACUUGUCAACCUCCCCGCCGCAGAUGCAUCGCUGCAAGACGGUUGCGUGCGGGAGGGCAAUGCCGAGACACCCGGCGACGGCAUGGCGAUACUGGAAGUUGUUCAGUGUCUUGCUGUCGCUGGAAGGGAUUGCUGACAGCCAACCAGACGAGAGAGGCCCUUGGCAGCUCAAGAGACGGGCGCGGGCUCUGCUGUCCGGCGGAAGAGAGUUGAAGAGCUCGUUGAACCGAAACUUGUGCAGCUGAUCGGUCAGGCGCUGCUGCAGCCGGACCUGCGGUCUCGAGACAAGGUCCUGGAGGGAGGGGAGGGAGAAGGAGGGACCGACCACCUCAGAGACGGCAGCGAGGGCAGGGACUGCAGCUUGGAGCCAGGGCAGGUCCAAUAGGGCAGCGGGCCCACCUUGAGGCAUCCAUGGGGCUCCACGGAACCGGCUAAAGACAUCAGAUGCCGUCACGCCGAUCAAGCCCAAAAAAGCCGCACGGGCAAUCGUGGUUGCAGAGACAAGGCCGAAUCCUCCCAGCCGGAUGGGCAGCUGCACUUGCGCGGAAACCGAGUCAGGGAAGUCGCCGGGAAAGCGGAACAUGCGCCUGAAUGCCGUGAUAAUGGCGGCGUCAUGUCGCUCGGCGGCUGGCAGGGAGACAUCGGAUUUCGGGGGGAGGAGGCGCAGCCAAUAGUUUAGCCGGGGGGAUGCACAAUAGCGGAGGAGAAGGCCAGAGCCCUGCAAGCCCAUCUGAGCAAAGGUCACGAUUGCCUCGAGCAGCGGCUGGUGGCCGGUGGUGAUCUUCUCGAGGCUGCGCUGGAUGAAAGGGUUGGCGCCAAGCGGGCAGCCGAGGACAGUGAUGCCUUCAGUGGAGCACUUCACGCCGGAAGCGGCGAUGUCCGCCGGGAUGUCGGAGUCUUGUUGCCAGCGGGGGCUCCAUGCAGCACUCUUGUCUCUCCACAGCUUCAGCUUCUUCUCGGCCAGAAGCUGCUCAGCCCUGUCCACAUACCGCGUCGCACGUGUCUCGUCCAAUCCACCAUCGAUGUCGUCCAUGAACGCACCAACGAAGUCGUCGGGGAACUCCUCUUGCAGCUUGACGAGGGCGGGGUAGAGGCCCAGGCAGAAGAGGAAAGGGCCCGCCGCGUCGCCUUGCUGGGUGCCCUCCUGACUGAGGAUGGUCUCCGUGCGUCCGUCCUCCAUGCGAUACCACAGUUGUCUGGGAACUCCUCCUGCAGCUUGAGGAGAGCGGGUGGAGGCCAAGACAGAAAAGGAAGGGCCCAGCAGCGUCGCCCUGCUGAUCCUCACCUGGCUCAGGAUAGUCUUCACGUGACCAUCCUCUAUGCGAUACCACAGUUCGGCCGCGUUGCCGUAGAACUGCCAAAAGAAGUCGGUUAGGGAGGGCCACUUGCGCCGAGCUCGUCGAGGAUCGCCUGGCGGUCGAUGGAGUUGAAGGCGUUCUUACAAUUCAGAGUGACCAGCACACGGCGGGCUGAAGGGUCCCUCUGUGUGUCGAUGAGGGUUUGGGGGGCCCCAAAAAAGCUGCUCUCCCCUGAUCGAGGUGCUCACAGCGAAUUGAAAAAGUCAUCUUCGAAAGCCAACUUGUUCUCCAUGCAGACCGCCUUUGUCACCCAACGACGAAGCACGUCGCCCACGGCGAUGGGCCGAAGUCCUCCACUGUCCCUUCACCAAGGCGAAGAGACAUGCAGCGGCGAUGAUCUUGGUGCAGCCUUCCGGCACGUCUCCCUCCCCCGCGAGCAUCCGUUGGACAAGAGAGGGCAGAGGGAUGCUCUGGUCAUUCGCUUAGCGUCGCCCUCCCCCAUACAGCGGUGAAAUGCUCGUAUCGCCGCCCCGUUGGGCCCCCCGCCGAUCCUCGUGGAGCCGUCUUAAGGGCGGCAAGCAAGACAGCAGGCGAAAUGGUGAGCGGCCCCUGCCGUUCGUCCGUGGAGUUCUGGGGCUGUGGUCGAGUAGGCAGGGGGCCGUUCGGGUACUGUUCAUUCUCGUAUUUGUUGCGUUUAUAUGUGGGUGAGACUCGCGUGGGUGUAGAGCUACCGAGAGUUUGGGUGAACAGCUGCCCGCCUAAAUGUCCAGCCGGCUGGAUGACCUUGAAGCUUCACAGGUUGGCGAAAUCAAGCCUCUUGCGAUUGUGGUCCCCGCGUCGCAGCCUUUGGGAAGCGGGUAAAAGUAUUCCUUAAAAAAAACGCAUGAAAGGGCGACGAAGUUCGUCUAAUCCCCACAGACAAACAACCAGAUCAAAGAGAUGAGCAAGAAACAAACCAAGACAACCGAAAACGAAAGUCACACAGCAACCGAAAAACAAACAACAUCGAAUCACUCCAAAUGCACGACACACAGUCACCCAGACAAACAGUGCAAACACACAAAGCAUACAGACACUGCCGUGCCCAGACACAUAGCACAAUGCGCACGGCAUUCCUCCACAGCAAUCCGCCAGUCCACAGCGUUGGCUGGUGUGGGGGCUGUACGGCCUGAUGAAGUCUUCUGGGAAAGCGUUGGCCCUCCGGGGUCCUCUGGCGGCAGCUGCUCGCUGUGCACGGCUGGACAUCUGGAAGGCGUUGUGCUUCAUCAGCUCCAUAGACAAGAGCUGGCUCCAAUGAUUGAUGGCGCUCUCACGGAAGACUCCAUCCUCGACAGCAGGGAUCGCCGCCGGGCGGGGCUUGCGCUUGGCGAGCAUCUUCAGGAAGUCCAGGGUCUUCUCUCUCCACCUUCCGAAUGUCUCUGCAGCAAGGGGGACAAAGCGAAAGCCUGCCGCUCGCGCGGCAGGGCCAUACUUGUCGAUCUUGUCCUUCUCCGCGGGCGCUGCAGCUUUGCCACUGCCCGCCGUGCCGAUUCACCGUCCGGUGGAAAGGGAUAUUGGAGGCGUCAGGGCGGCAGGGGUGGGUGAUGGUGAUGUCGAGCAGGUAAUCACUGCCGUCGAUCACACAGUAAAUGUCCAUGCGCUGACUGUUGGGGUCGCUGUCGGGCGGCGUAAUGCCGAGGCUGUGCAGGGGCACUUCAACGUUGGCGGGGAUGUCCGCCUCCGCCAGGAUCCGGACAAACAGGUUGCGCAUGUUGUUGUGUCUCAGAAUCCGCUCGCGACUAGUGUGGCAGACGAAGUAGUGAUCGCCAAAGUCGUCAACCUCCCCGCCGCAGGUGCUUCGCUGCGUGACGGUUGCGUGCGGGAGGGCAAUGCCGAG